AUGUGUAUGGAUGGAAAGUGUAUCAAAUGUCUUGAUUAUGCCAUAUACACCAAUGGAGAGUGUUUAACAGAAUCGUCUUGUAAUUCUAUAACAAACAGUUUAUGUCUUUGUAACUCAGAAUCGAUAUAUAAUGGGAAUGCUUGUAUUUCGAAAAGAGAAAAUUGUUCAUAUGAUAGAUUAAGUGGGUGCGAUGAAUGCAUUGAAGACCAUCAUCUUGUAUAUAACACGUGUACGCUACAAGUUGAACCAAAUUGUUCUCUUCAAAUGUCAUCCACUUGCAUUUCCUGUGAUUUUGGAUUGUAUUUAGAAGAUGAUGGCAACUGUGUUGAGUGUCCAAUAGAGUGCACCUCGUGUAUAUCUUCGACUCAAUGUAUAACAUGUACAAAUGAAAAAUACUUACAAGAUCACACAUGUAUUUCCAGUGACGAAUUGAGUAAAGUGUGUGACAAACCAUUACUAACAGGGUCCGGGUGUGCAAUCUGUAAGAGUGGAUAUUAUAGAAGUGGUGAUGGCUGUAAGGUGUGUAAUACGGGAUGUGCUACAUGUACUGAUGACAUUAAAUGCACCACAUGUCAGAGUGAUUAUUUUAUGACUUAUGACGAGGGGGUUUGCAAGUUACAAAACACCACAAUUGGGUGUGUUGAGAUAAACACUGCUUUGGGAUGCGUCACAUGCACUUCUGGGUAUUAUUUAUAUCACAAAGAGUGUGCACCUUGCUCUGAUAAUUGUAAUCAAUGUACUUCACAAACAACAUGCCAGACAUGUGAGUCUGAUUUCGUUUUGGUAAAUUCACAGUGUACAUCAUUAGAAUUAGUCAAAGAUUGUAUUAAAGUAUCUGACUCCAAAUGCUCUAAAUGUACAUUUUAA